GGAUAAUCUGCGCUAAAUGCGAUAAAUAAAGACGAGUAGUCAAAAUACCAGCAUCAAAAGUACCAUGCAGCAAGAAGGGCAAUUAUUUCCCUCCCGUCCAGUUUUUGACAACGCACACACAUUCGUGCUUUUCGCCAAGUGUACGGCCCACAUUCUUUAUCACCCCAAAUCACAAGGAGGAUUAGAGAAAGAGAGAACCAGAAAAGGGCUUCAUUGUAAAUUCAGCGUUAGCAACCUUUGUCCUGGGAAGAAAGAACAAGAAAAAAAACACCAACACGCUCUAAUUCUAUCCUUUUACACUGCGACUUUGAACUUCGAAGACUUUUGGGAAGUAGAAAACAACAAAACAAACAAAGAAAUUUGUUUACUCGGUUUUUUAACUUCCCUCAACAAAACAGCUUCCUUAUAAAUAAAUUUUCAGGUUCUUUUUAUCAAGCCGAAGAAGAGGUUUUUUUUUUGGCUACUGAUUCUCACUUCUCAGCCCCUGAAACAGCCAUGGGGGAAACCGGUCCAGUCCGGUUCCCUGGAAACCUAGACCCGUCAGCGCAAGAAUUUUGGCCUGCCAAAAACCCUGUCUGCCAUCCCCAAAUUCCUUUAUUCAGAUCACCCCAGCUUUACUACCCGUACGCUGCAGCCCCCCCAACGGUGCCGUUUUGUGAUAGCGCCGUAGCACAGUUCCAUGCUGCCAUACCAGUACCUGCACCUGCACCAACGGCGUACGUUACAGCUCCCAUGGUGGUUGCACAGCAGCCACCACUGCCGCCUCCGACGACGGCGGUGACGAGGACUUUAGUGUUGACUUUGGUUCCAUGCGACGUCAGUGAGUCUAAGGUGAGGAAAGAAUUGGAAGUGUUCGGGGAAGUACGUGGGGUCCAGAUGGAAAGAGUCCGAGAAGGAAUCGUGACCGUUCAUUUCUACGACCUGAGACAUGCGGAGAGAGCUUUGAAGGAAAUACGAGAGCAGCACAUGCAACAACAAACCAGGGUUCGGAACCAGCAUGUUGCAGCUGCUGCCGGAUGUGAACCAGGAGAUAUCAACGCCUGUGCUCCACUGCCUCCUCCUGGGCCUGGACUCAUAGCGGGGAGAGCUGUUUGGGCCCACUUCAUUAUUCCGGCAAGCAAUGCUGUUCCUGACGGGAAUAAUCAAGGAACUGUUGUGGUUUUCAAUUUAGACUCCGGCGUUUCUACUUUUAAACUUAAAGACAUUUUCCAAGCUUAUGGCCCCGUGAAGGAACUAAGAGAAACACCAUUGAAGAAACACCAAAAGUUCGUGGAGUUUUAUGAUGUAAGAGAUGCGGCCAAGGCUUUAAGAGGAAUGAAUGGAAAAGAAAUUAAUGGGAAGCAAAUUGUAAUUGAAUUCAGUCGACCCGGAGGAUAUAGCAGAAAGUUCUUCAAUGCUAACACAUUCACAGCUUGCACUGAUAAUAUGUCAUUGACGACCAAUAAAUAUAAUUACCAUACAAGAAAUUCAAAUUACCCAUCUUCUCCCCCGCAUCCGCCGCCGCCGCCGCCUCCCCCGCCUCCCCCGCCUUCAUUGGCUCGCAAAUUCUCUGGUAGAUUUUCUUCCAACAUCCCUCCUCGUUCUUUUAUUUCUCGAAGCCUAUCACCUACGAAGAAAGUGAGUAAUUCUAGUAAAGGAAACCCUAAUGGGAAUAGAAACAGUAAGAGUUCGGUUGAAGAGAAGGUUGGUGGUGGAGGUACGAAGAAGAAUGCCAAGGAGAACCAAAUAAACAACCAAUCAUCAGUGAGCAGUAGCAAUGGGAGUAAGCAGCAGCAAUGUAGGGGCAGGCCAUGGAAAGGUAGACAAACGAAGAAGUUUGAUCCUCGUUUCCUCAUAAGUGAAGAUGCCAUGGUGGAAUCUAAUUGUGAAGAUUCCAGGACCACUGUCAUGAUCAAGAACAUACCCAACAAGUAUAGUCAGAAAUUGUUGUUGAACAUGCUGGACAAUCACUGUAUUCACUGCAACGAGCAAAUUUCUGAGGGGGAUGAUCAGCCCUUAUCUUCUUAUGAUUUUGUGUACCUCCCCAUCGAUUUUAACAACAAAUGUAAUGUGGGAUAUGGAUUUGUGAACAUGACAUCUCCACAAGCGACAUGGAGACUUUACAAGGCUUUCCAUCAUCAACAUUGGGAAGUUUUCAACUCCAGAAAAAUCUGUGAAGUCACUUAUGCCAGAGUUCAGGGGCUGGAACCGUUGAAAGAACAUUUUAGAAACUCAAAAUUCCCAUGCGAAAUGGAUCACUAUCUUCCAGUAGUUUUCUUGCCACCUCGUGACGGGAAACAGCUGACUGAGCCACUUCCUAUUGUUGGUCAAAAGCAGCAGCCCAUCAUCAGUGGUCCCUCAGGCAAAGCCAAUGAAGAAGAAGAUGAUGACAAUGAUCAUAGUGUUGUUGAGGGUUGUAAUGAAAAUCUGCGUGGCGAUGGUGGUAGUGUAAAUUCAGAUCAAGAAAAUAGUGCUAACAACACCAAUCAUUUCACUUACUGUGAUUCUGAUGAUACCGUUGACUAGCACGAGGAAGCCCUCAUUUACGGCAGCAGCCAAGGGCCAACGGCCAACGGCGGCGAUGUUGGUAAUUGAUUAAAUAAAGAAAACAAAGAAAGGAUUGUAUCUGUUGUGGCCUUGAACAGUGAACCCCUGAACAAACCCUAAAGCAAAUUUUAUCUGUGAUUUUUACUACUACUACAUGGACAGUCAUGAAGAUGUGAAUGAAUACAAUAUAAUCUUUGUUUACUGCAACCAAGGCAGCGUCCAUUCACAGCUGUUUAUGCUGUUAAAACCUGGCUGCACUAACCAAUGCCCAAUCAGGAGCUUGUUGAGCAUCGAGCCUCUCUUAUAUAGCUGCCCAGCCCACCGCCAGCCUAAGGCUUUCUGUCUCUCUUUUUUUCUCUUUCAGGUAAUAGCUUGGGCUUACCACCAUCACCCCCAUUUACUUAGAACCUCAUCACCUCUUUCUCUCUCUUUCCUGUUGCUCUCUUAAUGGAUCUUAAUUACCAUGAUAAAGAAAUGUAGCCUAAAUGUUUUAUUCUUUUUCUUUUUUUGGGCCAAGAAUGU